ACAUUAACUGUUAACAUAUCAGAUGAUACCACCGCGAUCAGUCCAGAUUUUCCAAGAUGUAUACUUUUAGAAGGAAAAUCCAGAAAGACAAGGAUGUCGAGCCUUCUGAGUUUGAGGAGUCAGUUGCUCAGGCACUCUUUGACUUGGAGACUAGCAGCCAGGAACUCAAAAGUGACUUGAAGGAUCUCUACAUAAAUUCAGCUGUUCAGAUGGAUGUUUCAGGGAAUCGGAAGGCUGUUGUUGUCCAUGUUCCCUACAGACUUAGGAAAGCUUUCCGCAAAAUUCAUGCUAAGCUUGUCAGGGAGUUGGAGAAGAAGUUCAGUGGCACGGAAGUGAUCAUUAUUGCCACCCGAAGGAUUUUGAGACCUCCAAAGAAGGGUUCUGCUGUUCAGCGACCUCGCAGCCGCACUCUAACUGCUGUGCAUGAUGCCAUGCUGGAGGAUAUUGUUUAUCCUUCAGAGAUUAUUGGGAAGCGUGUCAGAUACCGCAUUGAUGGGUCCAAAAUAAUCAAGAUUUACCUGGAUGCAAAGGAGCGGAACUUCACUGAAUUCAAGUUGGAGACAUUUUCAGGAGUUUACCGGAAGCUUUCAGGGAAAGAUGUUGUGUUUGAGUACCCAAUUACAGAGGCAUAAAAGGCGUACUGUGUUAUCAUGCAUCUCUAUCUCACUGUGAUGCUGUUUUGUUCUUGAUUAUGUUUUCUUAUUGGUGAACUGAAAUUUUGCUUGAGCUUUUGGAUUGAGGUCAUUUUCAUUCAGGAAGUGCGAUGGUCUUAUACCGUGAAAUGUGAGACUUUGUUCUUGUAGGAGACUGAAAUUUUGCUUUUCAAAGUAAACUUAGUUAAUCUUCUGGUGCUA